AUGUUAGUUCUAUUGUGGCCCAAGCUCGCCCUUGGCAUCAUUGGGCUGUUCCUCUCUGCCGAUGGAGCUUCGGCACAAUCUGGGUUCAGACUCGCAUCCAGCCCAGCCUAUCGCGAUGUUGAGGUCUGCCCCAAUCGCUGCUUCGUUUCCGGUCCCAGCACAGGGAACUGGUCAGUUCAUCCAGAUUUCAAACAGAUCAAGAAAUGUAAACAGUCAAUGUUUUACGAUUUUUCUCUCUAUGAUCCGGUUGACGACGAGGAAAGCACACACCGCAUUCAUGCUUGCUCGUCAUUUGGUCCCGACUUCUCGGUACUUCCUGCCACGAAGUCUCAGACAGAAGUGUUAGGGUCUGUCAAUGUAGACUUUGAGAUGGGAUGGUGGAACGAGGGGUUUGGUUUGGCAGCGUCGGGCAUUCGCUCCCUCAUGAAGCAGCUGCGAACAUACCUAGAGCAGGGCUACGGCACCACGGACAGACCUUUCAUCAUGUUUGCCCAAUCUGGCCAAGCUACUGUCGGUCUUUAUAUCGGCCAGGGUCUGCUGUACCAUGGCCUGGCCAGCAGUGCUCUCAAGACCUUUCAAAACAGGCUUGUGAGCUUCAACACCUCGACACCGAGCUUGGCGAUGCAGCUUUGUGGACCGAGAUAUGACAGCAGCCAUGUCUUUGGUAUUAUGGCUACUAGUAACGGCUCCUUCUCUGCAAUCCAGGACGCCAUCAAAGGGUGGAACAACGCGUCUUGCUUGUCAUUUUCGGAAUCCGACCGACUUGCUGGCGAGGUUGAGUUAACCACUCCGUUGGUGCAAGCCAAUGGAUCCACCAACUCAACGGUAGCUGCGAGAUUUUUCAGCCGCCUGCACAGCCGUGCUGACUGUAAAACCGUCCAGGUUGAGUCAGGCGACAGCUGCGCCAAGCUGGCCUCCAAGUGUGGUAUUUCGGCAGCCGACUUCACCAAGUACAACUCUGCGUCCAGUUUCUGCUCGACUUUGAAGCCGAAACAGCACGUUUGUUGCUCGAGCGGAAGCCUCCCAGACUUCAGUCCCAGCCCCAACCCGGAUGGCUCAUGCCAUUCGUACCAAGUCAAGCCUAAUGACAACUGCGAUGACCUAGCCGCCCAGUUCAGUCUCACGAGACAGAAGCUUGAGGACUUCAAUAAGAAGACCUGGGGAUGGAACGGCUGUCAGUUGUUAUUUAUCGACACCAUCAUGUGCCUAAGUAAGGGCACACCGCCCUUUCCGGCCGAAAUCGCCAACGCGGUAUGUGGUCCACAGAAGCCCGGUAGCAAGCCGCCGACCGACGGAUCGGAUAUCGCCAAGCUCAACCCUUGCCCUCUGAAUGCUUGCUGCAAUAUAUGGGGUCAGUGUGGCAUCACGAGAGACUUCUGUAUCGAUACCAACACAGGAGCCCCAGGAACCGCCAAGCCGGGCACCUACGGCUGCAUCUCCAAUUGUGGGAUGGACGUGGUCAAGGGCGACGGAGGUGGCUCGAUCAGGGUUGGAUAUUUCGAAGGUUACGGCAUGGGACGCGAUUGCCUAUACCAAGAUGCUUCUCAGAUCGAUAGUUCGGCGUAUACCCAUAUACACUUCGCUUUCGGAACGUUGACAGCCGACUACGAAGUUCAGACGGGCGACGAAUUGUCCUCCUAUCAGUUUUCACAGUUCAAGCUCAUCAAAAAUGCCAGAAAGGUCCUCUCCUUCGGUGGUUGGGAUUUCUCAACAUUUCCCGCGACUUAUGCCAUCUUCCGAAACGGCGUGACGCCAGCCAACCGCCUGAAGAUGGCUACAAAUAUUGCCAACUUCAUCAAGAAGCAUAAUCUGGACGGUGUCGACAUCGACUGGGAAUAUCCCGGCGCUCCUGAUCUGCCCGGCAUCCCUCCAGCUAGCAAAGACGACGGGCCCAACUACUUGGCUUUCUUGGUGAUCUUGAAGAACCUUCUACCAGGGAAAUCCGUCUCUAUUGCCGCUCCCUCGUCAUACUGGUAUUUGAAGCAAUACCCGAUCAAGGAGAUCGGCAAAGUGGUUGAUUACAUAGUCUAUAUGACCUAUGAUCUCCACGGCCAAUGGGAUGCAGACAACGCCAACUCGCAGGAGGCAUGCGACACGGGAAAGUGCCUUCGGAGCCAGGUCAACUUGACCGAGACUAAGCAGUCAUUGGCCAUGAUUACUAAGGCUGGUGUCCCAGGGUCUAAGGUUAUUGUUGGCGUCACUAGUUAUGGGCGGUCGUUCAAAAUGGCCGAGGCGGGAUGCUGGGGACCGAAUUGCCAGUUCAUUGGUGAUAGACUCAACUCCCAAGCAACCAAAGGUGUCUGCACGGGCACAGCUGGGUAUAUUGCUGACGCUGAGAUUGCCGAGAUUAUGAAUGACAAGCGCCGUGUCGGCCGCGUUACAACUAGCUUCCUGGACCCAACUAGCAACAGCGAUAUCCUCGUCUACGACGACAAUCAAUGGGUAUCGUACAUGAGUGCCAGCACCAAAAAGACACGAACGUCACUAUACACUGCCUGGGGCAUGGGAGGCACGACCGAUUGGGCCACCGACCUACAAAAGUACCAUGAUGUGCCCCAUCCAGCAUCAAGCUGGGCGGUUUUCAAAGAGCGUGCCCAGAACGGAGAGAACCCCAAGUCCGAUGAUUCUCGAAAUGGAGGCUGGACUGAUCUAAACUGUGAUGACGAGUAUGUCAAUCAUAAGAAUCAGUAUUCGGCUCAAGAACGCUGGAAAGGACUGAAAGCGGCCGAGGCGUGGCGAGAUGUUAGGAGAAUCUACGAAGACACCGACCGAAACACCGGCAUAACCUUCAUCAGCUCCGUGCUACAGACACUGAAGGCCGAAACAGGCUCGGCCGAGUGCGGAAGCGUGCUCCCAAGCGGCUGCCAAGCUAUCGGCUGUCCCCAGGGUGCGAAUGGGCCCCUGUCGGGACCUGCAGCCGAGCUCAUCUGGAACGCAUUAACCACAAUCCACAACAUGCACGCCGCUUAUCAUCAAACAUUAUUCAAUGCGGUUGCCCUCAGCGCCACGGCCCUUGACAACCUGGAAGAUAAUUUUGCCCCCAUUCCACCGGAGCCUGACAACACAUGGCUUCUGCUUGUCAUUGAUCUCGUCACGCUUGGUACACUCUCUGCUGCCGGGCCAUUCUUCAAUACUUUCCUGAAGAGCCUACCAUACUUUGCUAAAGCGGCCGGGUCCACCCUCGACAACGCCAAGGACACGACCAUGACCAUAAUUGGGCAGAGUACAACGAUAGCCAAAGACAUGUUGGCCGAUCCGAAAGGGAGCGACUGGAAACCAGAGAAUCAGAGAGCGUUCUCCAACUUUAUGGGUCAAGUUGUCAACGGGUGGGCCAAUGUUACAGCCAAAGCCCUCGAAGAGCUAUUCAGAGGCACACCAGAGGCACUCGACAGAAUAGAAAAAGCGAUAGCUGACGGUAAGCUCAACGACGGCAGCGGCCAGCAGGCAGCGGGCACUGCAGACGAGCCCACUCUGCGAGCCAAUAUUCAAAAGUCCUUCUUUGCGUACGCCAUACCCGCCCUCUGGAAGGUCUCCAGUGCCUGGGCUUUCGUCGUCGACUCGGGCUUCGGAUGCAACGUAGACAAACCCCUCAAGAAGUACCUCGACGACAAGACGAUGGACGCCACGGGCUACUGCUUCGAAGGAAAUAUGUACUACCUCGUACGUGUAGAAGGCAAUGCUCAAGACUGCGGCGAGGGCGGCUGCUUGGACAGGAUGUUCUCUACGCCACCGGGUCUCGACUCCCUGGACGGGACCAACUUUGGGGGCGUCACGAAGGAGAUUCUGAUCAAAGGCUCGGUGCGUACGUACAUCCAGAACGGCAAGAAGAACGGCGGCGGGGGCGCGGAUGUCGGCAACCGAGGCACCAUCAACGACCUGCUCGACGUGGACGUCACGACGCCCGGGUUCAUCCGCCUGCCCGUGUGCAGCCCUGAGCGCGCGUUCCAGUCAUGGGAUACGUCGAGCCUGGGGUCCAGCCCGAAUUUCCCGUGCGAUAUCCCCCCGGGCAAGGACGAGUGUGGUGAGUCGUCGUUUGAGAACCAGUCGAGCGACGCCUCCCCGAGUGUCAGCGACUGUCUCCAGAUAAUCAAGAACAUUGAGGGCGACGGCACCACCGAGUGGACGACGCAGGUCGUUGGCAAGCGGCAGCGCGAGAUCGCCAAGUAUGGAAGUUGCCAAUUUGGCGUCGAGGCGACCGAGGUCAACGGCAACGUGGAGUUCUAUGUCGGCGGCCAGGACGUCAUCGACAUCAUCAACGAGUCGAUCAAGCGAUUUGGCGGGAGCGGCAAGGUGGGAGCAAAGGGAGACAUGAAAUGCAAUGGCAACAUCAAGAAGCAAGGUGUCAAGUGGGGACUGUAUUAG